UAUAUGACAAUCAAAGCAAAAUGAUGGAAGAGAGUGGAGUAGAGACAACGCCUCCUGGAACUCCCCCACCGGCUGCUACAGGAACAGUAAUUGCAACAUCUACUACACCUGUACCUCUAGGAUCAUCAAUUUGACAGCUGAGUGGAGAAUGUACAGGAAUGGGUAGACAGGUAGGGGAACCAACCAGAAGCCCAUUUUGGCAAUUAAGGUGUGAGGAGAGGAGUGGCUACAGAAGACUGCUGGCAGGAUCAGAAGAGAGAAGCUGUAAAGGCAGAAAUAUUUGGACUUGACACCUGAUAAGAUAUGGAAGCUUCUUCCAGGUCAUUUUCUUCUCCUAGUACACCUUUAGUGCAAUCCUUGCCACCACAAACAUUCUCUACACCUAUGCCUUCACUUGGUCCCAUGAAGUCUUCAGCUUUGCCUUUUGUAACAGCUUCUCCUGUUCCUCCUAUCUCACCCUCUGUUUCUGCUACCCCGCUUCCUGUUUGUUCAGUCCCACCACCCAUUGCCCCAUCAGCUGCUACAGCCUUCACUAGUAAUACUCCUCCCCAAAUUCCUUAUUUUCCUUCAAGUACUGCUCCAAGUACUGUUAUUUCCCCUCCUCCUAUGGGUCCCCCAAUAUCAGGAUUUUCUGUUGGCUCAGCCUAUGACAUCACAAGGGGUCAUGCAGGAAGAACUCCCCAGACACCUCUAAUGCCAUCAUUUUCUGCACCUGCUGUUACAGGUAUUUUGGCAACUCCUAUUUCUCAACAAGCCAGUUCUCAACCUAUGCCACAGGGAACUGGAAGUGGCUCUGCUAUCACUUUUCCAGAGGAGCAUGAAGACCCUAGGGUGGUUAGUGUUCAGAAUGAAGCAUCCACUGGUGGUAUCUGGGGAUUUAUUAAGGGUGUGGCUGGGAAUCCUAUGGUGAAAUCAGUGCUUGAUAAAACUAAACACUCAGUAGAAAGUAUGAUUACUACGCUGGACCCAGGCAUGGCUCCUUAUAUCAAAUCUGCAGGUGAACUAGAUAUUGUGGUAACCUCAAAUAAAGAGGUAAAAAUUGCUGCUGUCCGAGAUGCCUUCCAGGAAGUCUUUGGUUUAGCUGUAGUUACAGGAGAAGCUGGCCAGUCCAACAUUGCACCACAACCUGUGGGUUAUGCAGCUGGAUUAAAAGGGGCCCAAGAACGGAUAGACAACUUGCGUCGAACUGGUGUGAUUCAUGAGAAACAACCUGCUGUGUCUGUAGAAAACUUUAUUGCUGAAUUACUACCUGACAAGUGGUUUGACAUUGGCUGUUUGAUAGUUGAAGAUCCUGUCCAUGGCAUUCAUCUAGAAACUUUUACACAAGCUACACCAGUGCCUUUGGAAUAUGUACAGCAGGCUCAAUGUCUUACUCCCAAGGAUUAUAAUUUAAGGUGGUCAGGCCUUUUGGUAACUGUGGGUGAAGUACUUGAGAAGAGCUUGGUACAUGUCAGCCGGACUGAUUGGCAUGUUGCUUUCACUGGCAUGUCUCGCCGACAAAUGAUCUACAGUGCUGCCAAAGCUAUAGCAGGCAUGUAUAAACAACACUUGCCACCUAGGACCACUUGAAAGAACAUUGUCUGGGAUAUAGAGACUUUUUCUUUAGCUUAAUAUCAAAGAAGAAAUCUUCUGAUUGAACAGUUUCAAUGAAUUCUGCAGAUUUUUUAAAUUUAACUGGUAUUCCAAAUAGAAAAAAGAACAAAUGUAAUUUUAUUAAAUAGCAAUCUAACUUCAAAUGUCAUAGUUGUCAAAAAUGAGCAUCUCUAGACAAAUACAUUUAUAACAAUUUGAUAGCACUAAAUUUGUAAAAGAAGGUUUAUUUGCUGAGACAUUUAAUGUACUUGUUUAAAUUGAGUAUUUUUUUAAAAGAGGAUAUAGCCAGUUGAUAACUAGUGAUAAAAGUUCCUCUUAGCUCUGAAUUCAUGUCUGAAAUUACUAUUAUCUAAUACUGUUGCUUAUUUUUCAUUUCAUUUCAGAAUGAAAUUUUCCCCCCAUAUUUUUAAAAAAUCGGAUUUGUGUAUGAUCUCAGGACUUAUUCAUAAGACACAUGAAAAAUGACAUUUUCAUGAACAUUUUAUAAAACUUCAACUUUUUCAUGCUGAUAGUGAUUCACAUAACCAUAUGUAACAUGGCUUUUCAAAGCCAUAUUUCAGUAUAUAUCAUAUCUUGGUAUAUCAUAAAUUGUACCAUGAACAUCAAGAUGCUAUUUUUUAUUUUUCUGUCUUUAUUUUCUCAGUAUCUGAAAACACAAUUGCAAAUGGGUACAUUUUGCUUCUCUGUAAUUCAGAACCAUUUCUAGAAUCAUCUUGCAUAGCACUAUAGGUGAACAUGCUACUGCUUCCCAUGCAGAUGUUUUUUAUGCUCUCUUCCUUUCCUUCUACUUUCCAUUCUGCAAUAAAGUGUUUGAUGAGUCAGGGAAUAUUUUACUUUUAUAGGAUUGGUGUUUAUGUUUUUUAAAAUAAUUACAGUACUUUUUGGGUUUGCUUUAAAACAUAUUUUCAGCUCACGCCAUUCUGCCUUUACUUUUUUAGAUACUUUCAAAGGAUCCUUUUUAUACUAUAUGCAAUUUCUUCAUCCAUUAUAUUUGUACACGGUGAUAAUUUAUCCUUUCCCCAAAUAAUCUAUUUUGCCAUCAUUGGCAAUUAAAUAAAUGAAUUUUUAUUAAAUAAUUUCACUGUGUAUAUUAUGCAUGUAUGUACAUGUAAAGAUUGUGAAAGUAAUUUCUCAUAUGCUCUGAUUAAACUUUUAUGAAAUAUUUCUUAUUCUUUCCAGAUGUUAGAAAAAUAAGCCCUGGCAGUUUAACCCAACUCUUUGAAGUUCUUGCCCAGCACAAUUUUUGCAAUAUAAUUCUUUUUUGCAGUACAAUUUUAAUUUGUUUUUAACUAGGUAUUAAGAAUUGGGGAAUAAAUAUCUCUGCAACAUUGUACCUCAAAAAUAAAAACUAAGAAUUAUAGAUGAAUGCCAUUUUUAUAGCAUUCUUUUAUCAUAUUUGGGAUACAUUCCAAAUACUAUUUAUUUUAAAUCUCUACAGAGAAGUUUUUAUCUUAUAAAAAGCAAUGAGAAUACGAAAUUGGAGAUAAAUGUUACUCAUCUAUGAGUAUGUUAGGGAUCUCAUAAAACAUGGUUUAAGAAGACAGGAGAAGACAUUUCUAGUUAAGAUGGCCCAAUAUAAAAAAAGAAAAACAGCAGGCUAGAUAUCACAGAGGAACUCCAGCAAAGAUAAAAGCACCAGACUGAAUUUUACUAGGAAAAAAAUUCAUCAAAAAACCACAGUAAGUGCUUUCAUCCAACCCUUGGCAGUCCAGUCCAGAAUCUUACUAAUGCUAAGAAGGGAUCUAUUUUGAAAAAUUGGGGCAAGAACAGAACGCAGAAUUCUUCUAUCAUGGAUGGACCAAAAACAUUCUAAGGACAACUGGAAUAACAUUGUUUACCAGGGAGCUGGAAGUUGGAGCACUCAGAUUUCAGCUGUGGUGGGAAUGAGAGCCAACAAAUCUCAAACAGGAAACACAGCAGCCUGCAGUGUUCUUUGAGCUCUGAGAGUUUAUAGAACACUGACCUCAGCUACCUCUGAAGGCCUUGAAGAAUGCAGUACUUCACACAAGCUGAAAAGUAGGCCUAAAAUUUGCUGCCAUCUGAGCUGCAGAGAUACUGAUAGAAGUGAAAGCUAGGAUCCAGAAUCUAAGAUAAUAUAUAUAUAAGAACCAAAGAAGGCCAUGCAGUACCAUCUAAGAGUAAAAAGCCUGACCCUGACACAAGGUUCUACUUCAGAAAGGGCUAAAAAUAGCAUAAACAAAGGAAAAUAUUAAUUAUUGGUGUUCAAAAUGUUAUGUAUCCAGGGUCAUUUUGAGAGCACAGAAAAUAGAAUAAUUCGCAAGUAGAGUUUACAUAUAUGUAUCCACAAGGACUUAUUUCUUAAAAUGAAGUGAGAGAUAAAUUAUAAAUAAGAGUUUUCAGUAAAGAAAGAAAAGGAAUAAAUAGAUUAUAGAAGGUACUAAACCUUUUCCAAAUUACAGCCUCUCAGAAAAUAAGAAUGAACCAUACAGAAUAAUGUCUCCAGGAGACAAAUACCUGGACAAAAUCGACAAAUACCUUGGGGGGGGGGGGCGGGGAAGGAAGAAAUUAUAAAGUAUGUACAUCAAAAACAUUUGACUUAUAAAAAGAAUUCGAGGAGAGGUAAUUUAAGAAUUAUUAGAGAUAGGGAAGAAGUGAGACCAGAUGCUAUAUUUUAAGAAAUCACAAGAGAAAACGGCUUAGUUCUAUUUGAAUCCGUUCAAAAUGAGAAUAGAAUUCACUGGUCACCUCCAGAAAAAAAUUUUUUUAAUAUAUAGGAAUAUUAUACCCAAAAUCUAGUUUCCGGGUAUUUUUGAUGAUCUUGUGCAGAAGCCUUUAUUCUUUAUGAGGCACUACUCAAGUUGUGGUGCCAACUCCCUUGUGCAUGUGCUUUUGAGGCUUCUCAUUUUAGGGUACUUAUUUUUUCAAUGUUUUCUUUUUACUUGUGUUAUUCGCCAUGGUUUCUGUAUUGGGACUUUGUUUGGAUCAGAUUCUAUACCCUACUCAUAGAUGGAGUGAUCCAUCAGGUUCUGUCUGCUCUAUAGGAUUGUUUCUGGUCUUUUAGAAUACCAGGCCCUUCCAAUUUAAUCACCUGAGAGAGCUUGACUGAGAUUUUGACAUUUUUCUCUUCACAGUCCUGAACUACAAAUUGACUCUGACAUUUGCUGUGACCCUAGGUCCCAACCAUACAUAUGUUGUUAAUAGUACUUGUAUCAAUUCAUUGGGGUGGCUGGGUGCUAUCACCUCAUUACUGCAUAUAAAUAAUACCAGGCUGAGUAUACUCAGGCUGAUACCAUAAUAUUGAGCUUUUUUGCCUUCAGAAGGCUACACUGUUUGGUUAUUAUAGGAUUGCUGAAUUCUUACUGGUAGGGCAAUGUUCUUCAGAGUUUUAUUCUGGUGCAUAUAAAAAUGAUAAAUAAAAGGAUAACUCAUUAAAAAAUUGAAAUAUAAUCUGUAAGGGGUAUUCUUUUGACCCCUAUUUAUUAAAGCAUAUUUUAAUUGA